AUGACCAACUUUGCCAAAGUAAUAACAAUAACACUCCUGUGUGCUUCUGCCGCACAAGGAAAACUGGCCGACCGAUCCCGGGUCGUCAAGGCACGCCACGAAGCCGGUGUUAUAGAUAAAUAUCACGACAAUGAGAUUCCCAUUGAGGGACAAAGCUAUAGAGUCAACCGGGUUACCGGUGGCGUCCCAGAAAAGACCUUUUCGGCGGCCAACAAGAAGAAGAAUCGUCGCCGUGCCAAAGAAAAGAAGGCGCCUUGGAAGAAUCUACAAGGAGCCUUGGGUGAUCCUCAGAUGUUCUCCACUGCGGAAGCUCAACUGAAUCGCCAGGAUGCUCUGGAAAAGCAGGGUGAUCGUAAAUUGUCUUCUCAAUUGACGGGAUGUUGUUAUAAUUACGAAGGCUACUCAGCUUCGGACCUGUGUGCCACCUAUGGCCAAGAUUGUGAGUCUGGUGAAACGCCAUCUCACGAUUCCGGAGAUGAUGGUUGCGAACAAGAAGGUCUUUCGUUUAUUGGAGUUUCCUUUUCUGUCAAUACAGCACAAGGAAACCCUUACUCGUACCAAUUAAAUGAUCAAUUUCCUAUGGAAAACAUUAUCGAUCGAGACUAUGAAUUUGUCAUGAGUAUGGAUGAAGAUGGAUGGCUUGUUGGUGGGGGAUACAAGACAUUUGAUCCUUCUGGAAAGAUGCCUUACAUUGACUCUUCGCACACGGAAUUGCUUCGUAUUGGUAAUCUGAACCCCGAUGCUGGAGGUACAUCCAUCGAUCAAGUUUACGGCGCCAUGGACAGUGUCACUUUUGCCCCUUUCUCCAUCUUUCCUGAAUAUCUAAAAGGUGGCGGUGGCCAUGGUUCUGGAGAUAAUGAUGAUGGCACUGUGCCAUCCGGGGAUAUCACUUUGGUGGUUUCUGUGGUGGAAACAUAUGAAGACAACGAUUCAUACUCUGCUUACGAAUAUUUCCUGGAUAACUUGUUUGAUGCUUUGGACAGUUAUGGUGGAGGUCCAUGUAUGGACGAUCACGAUACCGAUCCUCACGUUUCCAUGUCUCGUGGUGUCAAGUUUUGGUCUUCCUAUCACUCGCAAGAGUAUGCCUACCAAGCCAACUUGGAGGUUGCUGUUUGGCAAGCCAUGUACCCAUAUGGUGUUCCCAUUGGAUCUGGUGGUAGUGCAUCCUUUCCUCCAGGUGGCGGUGGUUCCAAACAAUAUGUUGGAUACGGUAACUUGUACUUUUUCUUUGAUCGUGCAAACAUUACCAAGGCAUUCAAUCCAAACCGUGACUUGUCCGACAAUGAAAGCUAUUAUGCUACCUUGUACAUGACCACCGAUGUCUCGAGCUUUUAUUCCAGUACUACAUCCAUUGGAUUUGACUAUCAGGGCUCUGGCGAUGGGAAUGGAAACUCUUGGGAACACAACCCCUACUCGUGGAGCGCAACUAUGGCCAUGCACGACAUGACUGACGGUUGGGACUUGCCUCCUAACUGUCUGCAAGAAGGUGAAACCUUUUUUGGUAUUCCACUCUCGCGUGCAUCUGAAUCAAAAAUGCAAAGUACCUCCUCGUUCCAAGAACAGUUUGACUUUGAGUAUUUGACCGAUCGUAACGGUACCUACAUUACAAGUUUCGGAACAAACCACGGUUGGUUGGUUGGAGAGGAACUUGGUAAUGCUGUCGGGUCCAUUGUCGACAAGGAUACCUCGCACAUUCCUAUUUUUUACACUGGUACCACCAACCCUGAUAUGGGAGGAAUGUCGCUACCUGAUAUUAUCAAGGUUGUGCAGCACAUUGAUUUCGGUACUCUUUACAUCAAACCAGCAUUUGUCUUUAUUGAUGAAGAUGGACACGCAAAGCUUCAAUUUGAGGUCGAUACCUCUUCUGCUCUUGCCUAUCUAUAUGAUACUUUGUGUAAGGAACUUGGAAUUGCAUGGAACUACGAUUCGCCUUCCAAUUCCCAAGGAUCCUACACCAACUGUGCCAUGCACGCCGCAGGAGAUAGAGCUUCCUAUGGUUGCGGACCUGAUGGUUCCAACGUUGGUGGAUACUGUCCUCAGAUGACUCUUGCCUAUGCCCCACGAUUUACCUCGGAAGACGCUGCUGCCGCCUAUCUUGACAAAUGCAACAACUAUGUUGAUUAUUGGAGAUCGCUGUACCCAUCUGGUGUUGCUGUCGGAACUUCCAGCUUUUGUCCCAAUGGUGGCUGUUUGGCUCUUUUCCUCAAUCGUCUUGAUGUGUACGAAGUGUUCAAGCCUGAUUUGGGAGGAUCAUGGGUCGAAUAUGGUGGAGCUUCCAUGCCUCCUACCUACUCACCUGCACCAACUUGGAAGGGAGGUUGCGAUGAACCACACAACUUUCACUUGGACAAGUGUUUCCGUAAGAAGCACAAGGCUAAGGCUUCUGCCGUUGCUUGGGACUCGCUCGGUAAUGUCGGUCAAUUCUCCGUGAUGCUGGUUCUCUUUAUGGCCAUUACUCUAUCUAUUUCGAUCUUUUUGGCACGAGCAAGGAAAAAGAGGAGGCGGGGAGAAAGUUAUCUCGGAUUCUUCUUUCGCGACUUGACCAGAAAGAAGCGAAAAAAGAGAAGACGCCGUGUUGCAGCUGGAAUGGACAAUCCCAUGCUCGACAGGAGUUCUUCUCACGGUCGUCGCCGAUCGAAAUCUCGAAGUCGAUCAAAGAGCAAGACUCGUUCAGGAACUUCACGAACGCGAUCUGGCAGCCGAAGUCGGCGCCGUAGCUCCUCUCGAGCACGAGAUGGAAGCGCAUCUCGCGGGCGAUCAGCAGCGGCCGCACCAGGUGCACCAGAGGCUGCUCGAGCAGGAGUAUUUGACCUUUCGAAUCAAGAGGAUGACAGCCGACAACAGCUGGUAUAA